CACCGACUUCGAAUUCCUCAGUCCAGGACGGAAGGCCACGGCGCAUUCGAACAAUACCCAAGUCCAUAUUGUUUCCCCUGCUCGGCGGGCACGCAGCAGUCCACAAUGGAACCAGUAAUAUUCAACCCCCCGCGGCCGAAAAAAAGCGUGCUGCCCCCCGCCAAGAAGCGCAAGACGACGCACAAGAUCGAGGAGAUCAAUUUCGAUUUCGAGAAGAGGGCGGAUUACUUGACGGGCUUUCACAAGCGCAAGGUUGCGAGGAUCAAGCAGGCACAGGCCGAGGCCGAGAAGAAGGCUAAGGAGGAGCGGAUUGCUUUGAGGAAGCAGCUGAGGGAAGAGAGGAAGCAGGAAUUACAGGAGCAUGUCGAAGCUGUGAAUGCUUUGUUGCAGGUUAGCAAGACGUCGGGCAUGGAUGUGGACGGUGACGAGGAAGCAUGGAAUGGCAUUGAAGAGGAUGUAGCACCAGAGCCGGUGGACCAUGAAGUGGACCAUGAAGAGGAGUAUGUGGACGAGGAUAAAUAUACCACCGUUACAGUUGAAGCUGUCGAUAUUUCGAAGGAUGGGUUGCAGAAGCUUGUGGACCAUGAAGAUAGCGAGACAGCGGAAGAGGUCGAGGUAAAGCCGGUGGAGAAGGAGACAAAGGAGAAGAAGAAAUGGCCUAAGAAGGAAAAGAAAAAGAAAUUCAGAUAUGAGAGCAAGGCAGAGAGGAGGAUUACGAGGGAGAAGCAGAAGGCCGCGAAAAAAGGAAGAGCUGGUGCAAGGAGGGGUAAUGAUUAAGAGAGCAAUAGGAUCAAGAAGCACACGAUUCAUGCCCGAUUGGGGGAAAUAGUAUGUGACGUUCUGUGAUAUCAAGUAAC